GUGAGUAAUCCGGGAUUUCCGACGCGACCGGUCCCGUACUGAUAAUAUAUGUCGUCGACAGGAACUUCAUGAUUCCCAAUGAAAAGUCUUGUGUUUAAGAAGACUCUGAAAUAUAUGGCAUUUGUCAGAGAGUUUACCACAGUAAUGAGAGGGAAUCAGUGAGGCUGCCAACCCCCUUUUGAUACUUCCCAGGAUUCAUCAGUUUAAGGGAAGAUGGAGAAGACCAACAAAUAAGGAUAGUGUACUGGAAAGAGUGACUAUGUGAUCCUGGAGAAGUCUCUGUACUAACACUGCACUUAUGUAACCGUUUCAGUAUUUUUUUUUCAUAAUCUCUUCCAUAUUCCUUGCUCAAAGUUUUGGAUAUUUGCAACGCGAGACUGCUAGAUUGUCAUCAUGUUUCUGAAAUGUAUAAUAGCUGUUCUAUUCUUGCCUUUUGUCAUAGCUUUCUAUAAAGUCCAGCAGAUCGGAAAUGAUAAUACAACUUUACAACAAGUUACGAUAAAUGCAGACACGAGACAGUUGUUUGUUGGAGGUAAAAAUGUCCUUCAUCAUUUUGAUGCUAAUUUAACCAAAAUUUCUGAGACAACGACUGGUCCAGUGGAGGAUAAUUCCCUCUGUCCUCCUGUUGACCUUCCGUGUGAAAAGUCAAGAUCACUGACAGAUAACUUGAUGAGUGUGCUGGAGGUGGACCCAAGCAAGAAGAAAUUGUUGGUGUGUGGGUCGGUGUCACAAGGUCUAUGCAGCAUGCACAGUCUGUCUAACGUUGCUAACUUCAAACAGAUGAAUAAGUCUUACAUUGAAAAUUUUGUAGGCAGCAGAAAAUCUGUUUUCGCUUUCUUUGACAAAACAGUGAAAGGAUUUUUGUACGUGGGUCAAGAGUAUGAUCAGCGUGAUUUAAAGUUCGCACCUGCUGUUGUGUCUACAAGAUUUGUGGAACAGUAUCGAGAUACGUUUCAAAUUAAAUAUUUGAAAUAUGAUACAAACUUACGUCUGUUUUCUGCUGUGGAUAUUUUCAGUGCUAUUAAACCAUCCUAUCACAUGGAAUUUCUUUACGGCUUCGAGCACAACAACUUCACAUAUUUCGUCACUGUUCAACAGAAGACAAUCAACACACGUAAUACAGUUGUUACAAAACUUUUGCGGAUUUGUCAAAGUGACCAGUUCUACUACUCCUACAUGGAAAUGGAGCUGGAAUGUUCUCGACAAGACACCAAGUACAACAGAGCUACGGCUGCUCAUUUCACUGAGAGUAGCGACGCUGACACCAGUGUCCUGUAUGUAGCAGCAGGCAUCACCGAGCCGGCCUCAAUUAAUCUGGAUGAAAAACGGGGAUUUGCCAUCUGUAGAUACACCAUUGACGAUAUUAAUAGUGACUUCCGAGAUGCUCAGGAUGAUUGCUAUACUGUAGGAGAGGGAACACGACCUGAUUGGGUGCAUAACUCAACCAAUCAGAGAUGCUACGUAAAGAAGCCUCUGCCUGAGGACUUGUGUGGCUCAAGCACCAACCCAGGCAUCCAAGCUGAGUACUCCAUUAGGGGGGAGCUAUUUUUCCCUGAGUCAGGGUCCUUCUUUAACAAAUCCAUCACCGCCAUUGCUGGAAGUCAGGAGAAUGACCAAAAGUAUGUCAUCAUCGGCACCAAGGAUGGCUCUUUGCAUAAGGUGAUGCUAAUUAUAAAGGAUAGAUUUGUGACUGGAGCUCGGAAGUACAUGACUUUUGCUCUACCUGACGCUAAACCAAUCGAGAGAGACAUGGUACUUGUGGAGGAGACACGGUCACUGUAUUACCUCACUGGAAACAAGGUUGUAAAGUUCCCUGUUGACUCGUGCCGUGUUCACCUUGACUGUGACCAGUGCCUCACCAGCAGAGAUCCCAUUGGCUGUGGCUGGUGUGUUGAUGCCUGUACGACCAGGACGGAAUGCAGCAAGACAUCAGACUGGAAACAGGCCCAGUGCCCUCCAUCUGUCUAUAAAAUAUUUCCUGUGUCGGGUCCGACUGCUGGUGGAACCAAACUCACCAUCACCGGGAAAAACCUGGGAGGGAGGAGAAGUGAUGUUUCUCACACAAUCAAGAUAUCCGAUGUUGUGUGUGAUGUACAGAGAGGGUGGUCACCGGAAAAACUUGUAUGCAUCACAAAGGCUACUAAGAGUGAAGUUGGCAGCAUUGUUCGAGUGGAUGUCCAAGACAUUUAUACAGAUGCUGAAAGACCAUACCAAGUCUCAGGAAUAGCAGAAUCAGUGGAGUCGUUUACGUUCAAGAAUGUGUCGCUAGCAUCAUUCAGCCCCAACCAUGGCCCAAUAUCUGGUGGGACCAACAUUACAAUCCACGGCGAAAACAUGAAUGUGGGCAGCGAGCAUAGCGUCAUAGUUGCAUACAACUUCAGCUGUAUUAUCUUCAGCUUGAGCAGUAGGAAGAUCAAGUGUACGACGGCGAAGUGGUCCGAAGUCACAGGGUUGAUUCCGCGUCAGAGGAGGUCUGCGGAAGCACAUAAAGGCAAAGGACCUGUCAGAGUGAUAGUGGAUGGAACAUCUUUCACAGACAAUAAAAGCAACUUCCUUUACCUACCCGAUCCAGUCAUUACAGACAUUGACCCUGCAAGAGCUUUUGUCAGUGGAGGUCGGAGGAUUACUGUGAAGGGCCAACACCUCAACUCGGUCGCACACCCUCAGAUUGGUGGCAUCGAUAACAAUGUUGUCUUAAAAAGGUCAGAGGAGUGUGAUGUGACUGAUGGAGGUAACGUGAUGAUUUGCAAUGCCAUAGACGUGUCAGAGGCCCUUUCAACAUCCCCAUCUGAAAAACUUCCAGUGGGGAUCAAAAUCUUCUUCAUAAUGGACGGAGUAAAGAAUCUCAGCCAGUCCGUAUUCCCGAAUGCGCGGGCUCGGAUCAGUAAUUUCCAGUACUACCUCGAUCCCAAGUUUCACAAAUUCACGGGAGACAGCCACAUAUACUACUUCCCUGUCACAGAAAGACAUCUACAGAUAGAGGGAGAAUACCUGGACCUUAUUUUGCAUCCAUCAGAGUUCAAGGUCAUGGUUGGGUCUUCACCAUGCAAUGUCACUGAGGUCAAGGCCACCUCUCUUUCCUGCAUUCCUAUCAACAAGCCAGAUAGUGUCAGCGAAAGUAAAGAGGGCCAAGUGGCGCACUUGGUGACUAUUGAUGUGGGCUAUCUUCACUUCGAGGAUAUAGGCGAUGUUGUCUACACCAGCGGCAUUUUAGUGGGAAUGGCGACCAGCAUCAUCAUCCUUAUUGUCAUCCUCGUGUUCAUCCUGGUAGCCGGCAUUGUGCUGCUCAUCAUCAUGAAGGUCAAGAAAUUUGGCUUCUUCAAGGAGAUCAGCGAUGAAGACCAUCAUGUGGCAUACACUGCGGGACAGGAAAUGAACAUCCAUCAGAUGAGCGGAGCGGGAGGCACUUAUAGUUUUGAAAAUCGACAGAAUGAUUAUGCUGAGCGGCGUCCUGUGCAGGAUCACCAUACGGCUUUGUCAUUGGUGAGUGACGACAUGCUAGCACUCAUACAAAACGAGAAUCUGCUUAUCGACCACCAAGUUCUUACACGUGGAGACAUUCUGGGAAAAGGACAUUUUGGCUGCGUCUACCGAGGCUUUCUGACUUUACCAGAUGAGAAAGGCGACAUGAUGGUUGCAAUAAAAACUCUUCACCAGGAUGCUCCCCGGGACAUUGAGUUGCAGGCUUUCCUCCAGGAGGCUCUCAUCAUGAAAGACUUCCAUCACCCCAACGUCCUGGCACUGAUCGGCAUCUGUCUGGGGAUGGACGCUAUGCCUCUGGUGGUCCUGCCCUUCAUGUCACACGGCGACCUCCUCUCCUACAUCAGGGAUGAAACCAAGAACCCCACAAUAAAAGAUUUGAUAAUGUUUGGCAUAGACAUUGCUAGAGGUAUGGAAUACCUGUCCAGUCUCAAGUUUGUUCACAGAGACUUAGCAGCCAGAAACUGCAUGUUGGACGAGGAGUUCCAUGCCAAGGUGGCUGACUUCGGUCUGGCGCGAGACAUCUAUGAGAAAGACUACUACAGCUCAGACAACAAGAAGACCAAGCUGCCGGUCAAGUGGAUGGCGCUGGAGAGUCUGGAGAAGGGAACAUACAACGCCAAGUCGGACGUUUGGUCAUUCGGUGUAGUGUUGUGGGAGCUGAUGACAAGGGGAGUUAACCCAUACCCUGAGGUGGACAACUGGGACAUCAUCCGCUACUUGAAAGCAGGACGGAGGAUGGCACAGCCCCAGUACUGCCCUGACCCACUAUACACCAUCAUGCGUCACUGUUGGUCUGCGACUCCAAACGACCGGCCAUCCUUUGCAGAUUUGGCCCGGGACAUCACAGGUGUGAUCUCGCAACUGGAGCACAACACCGGCCCCCAAAGGAGGAACAUCGAGAACACCUACGUCAACGUGGACAUGAGCUCCCAGUGCCACUACUCCGACGACUUUAACCCUCCCAGCAAGCCAGCCAAUCAAACAGCAGCAGGAGCUAGUGCAUCAGAAGCUUGAUACCUAAGGGGUUAACAUACAAAUAACAAGCUCAUUUCUGCCAUCAGGUGCACAAAACAAUAGUACCUGAUCAUCAUGUAUGGCCUUUUUGGUUCCUGUCAUUUAAGGGGUUAAUAUAUGAUUUGGGGGAUCAGUUCUUCGUCCUGUCUGAUCAGAUCUCUAAGAAUGGUAACAUGUAGCUGUAGAAAUUCAGCUUGGAGUGUUUGUUCAGUAACCUCAAGAGGUUUUGCAACAUAGCAUUGAAUGGUUUAUAAUUAAAUUACAAUUUAAAGAUUUGGGUUAUUUUGCCAUUCGACACUUCUGUAAUGUAGAUUGGCCAUGUGGAACAGUAUAACAUUACAUUUUUUCUCUUAAAGACUGGGUAUCUAUCCUGUUAAUGGCAUCUCCGUUUUUAAAUGUUCGAUAUACAGACCCAAACAUGCAUAUAUAUAUGUAUAUACACAGAGUAGUGUUUAAACUAUCACCAACACUGCUCACCAUUGUAUAAAGGGUUAAUCCAUCCUUAACACAGUAGCAGUGUUGAAGAUGGUUUAACCCUUUUCUGUAUGUUGUAGGCAGUGCAGCCUUAUUACUAUGGUCAGUAUUCAGGUUGUUUGUUUGUUUGUUUACUCUUGGUUUACAGCUUGUGUUUGUUUGUGAGAAAAUUCUCAGAAAACAAAGCAUCAAUUUUUAAGUGUAGUCUUGGUCAGGAAAACUGUCCACUCAAAAUAUUUUUUGGGAAAUUAAUACAGGAAUUAACAAAAUAUAAACUGAAAAUCCUUUUUUUGGUCAUAGUUUGAAUAUACAGAAGGCCAAAUAUUAUUUGUUAAUUUGAGGUAAAAUUAAUCUGUCCAAACUAAAAACCCAACUUUUCUGACGUUUCAAAAAAACCCAUUCAAGUUGUAAAAGUAUAUUACUAAGAUGAGUUCUGUAAACCUAAGAGUGACCGGCAUAUGACCUUAUGAGUCAGGGAUUACCAACACAUAAAUAUGUGUCAUGUGAAACUGUUGCAUAUUGUUGUCUGUAUGUCAUUUUGGAGCUUUGAUAGGAAAACCUGAAGGAUAUCAAUGGAACAAAAGGACUUUUCAGAUCAACGCAACAGAAUGUUGGUGUCUGAACACCCAGACAAGGAGAGCUCCAGUAUCUUUGAUGUAGUGCUUGGACGGGUACCUCGGGUACUCGGGUCGGGUGGUUCCUGAGUACGACCCGGAUACCCACAGGACUACCGAACCUGUGGUUAGCCAUGUGAUAUAUUGUAUAACGGCAAAAAAUUUUUUGCAUUUCAUUCCUACUUUAUUAAUUUGAAUAGAGAUAAAACUUAAGUCAACUUCAGUGUAUGCAUGACCAGAUCGUUUUAUACAAGUAUCUAAAGACAUUUUGCCAGGGCUAUGGUCAAACUAUUCCCAAUUGGACAUUUGUACCUAUCUCUUGAGACUUACAGUGGGUACCCGGGUAGGGUGGGGUUAUAGUGGGGUGGGUACCCGGGUAGUAAAUAUGGACUCGUCCCAGCCCUACUUUGAUGAAUUGACUGAAACAAGAUGAAAACACAAUGAUUGUGUUUCCAUACGUGUUGAGUAUUACUGAUUAACUAUUUCACUUUGAGCCAAACUACAGAAGGAAAUUACUUUACUUCGUUCAUGUUUCUGAAUGAAGUCUUUGAAAGGCAUUCAGAAGUUGGAAAACAUGAAAACAUGACACUUUUUAUGGAUUGUAACUUCUUUUUAUUCUUUGUCAGAAUAAGAGCUGCUAUCAUAAAAAGUGUCAUGUAUUCAUGUUUUUGAAUGCAGUUGUGUUACUGCAAACAUUGAAGCCAUUUGGCAUUUUUUGACCAUCAGUUAUUGAUACACCAUAGAAAAUAAGGAAAGAGUACAAUCAAGAUGGUUUCUGUCAUUUUGUAAUGAGAUUUGUGUUUUCCUCGUGGUUCAGUCUCAACAUAGAAGAUAAUCAGAUAAUGGAUAACAUGAUGCUAUCAUUGUUCUUGGUACUCCUGGGCCCCGUUCCUCAAAAGCGAUCUUAGCGCUAAGGUGAUCGUAAGUCCCAUACUUUAACAUAGGCUUACGAUCAUCGUAGCGCUAAGAUUGCUUAGUGGAACGGGGCCCUGGAUCAGUGUAUGUAAAACCUCAGCUUUAGCAAUCACGAUGUGAGUUUUACAAUUCUGGGAAUGACAGUCAUUCUGGAUAUUUCAGCACUUGUUAUAAAGCACAUUCAAAGAUCUCAAAGACAUGGUAAAACCACAGCAGUCAUUUAUGGAAUGUCAGUCUUAAGGGAUGUAUUAGAUGAGGUCACAAUGUCCUGCCACCAAACUACCCCAUCAGUCAUACUAAGUGCCUCGCUCCUGGGCCCACUUGCACAAAGCGAUCUUAGCCCUAAGACUAUUGUAAGCCUAUGUUAAAGUUUAGGAGUUACGAUCAUCUUAGCGCUAAGAUUCUGUGCAAGUGGGCCCUGGAGCUUACUGGACAGUAAGUCCCCCCUGAUCAACUGCUACACCAAUAUGUCAGGCUUAAAAAAAUAUAAGAACUGGUUCUCAGGCAAUGACUUUCAAAAAUACAGUGCUGGCGUGUGGUUGGUUUUUUUUUGCUUGUUCAAACGAGUUGGUAAGCAAAUAAACAGUUGUGUACCAUCAAAUCAACUUGGGAAAGGGCCUCCCUACAUAAACAAGCAUACAAACUCCUGUUGCCGCCAUGACCAUGCACAGUAAAGCAGUGUGCAGGUAAAGGGAAGUAACUGCUUGCUAUAUUGGAUCUAAUUUUUUUAAGUUUUUUUUUUUUUUGAAAAUGGAAAUAAAAAGGAAACAUGCGCUAGACUUGAUGAUGCAGACAUGAGAAUUUUCCUCGGAUUCCUGGAAUUUUGGGAUUUUUCCUCUCAGAAUGAUGUAAAAUGCUCUUAUUUUAAUCUUUGUUUUUAAAAUUUUCAUGGGGGGAUGCAAACCCCAAACCCCCCUAGAUUGGCGAUAUUCCUCCAAAAAACAGUUUUGCUGUUCUCUUGUCUGAUGAUGUGGGCAGUGCCUGAGAACCAAGACUAUUAUUCUUUUUAGACUUAGUAAUCUUUAUGAGUACCCUCUACUAAGAUCAAAAAGGUACAUAAAAGUCUGUAUUGUCUUGUAUAUAUUUGAGACAAAAAUAUACUUAAAACAGCACUGUAGGGGGUUAUUAUUGCCUACUGACCAUUUGAUAUCAGAGAAGAUAUAGUUUCAUGUAUAUUUGAACUACGUUUGUUCUAGAGCAGUUCUACUACUGCUCUGUCUCUGAAAACAAAUUUAACAGAGUGAUUAUAUUUUUAAUAACGCCUCCCUAUGUCAGUUUUGUAAACCUCCAGUACGCUUAUUACGGUAAAUACGGCAUGUACACUGCAAACACAUGUUUUAGUGCAUGGUCUUAUUUGAUUGUUUUCUGAGCCUCUGACUCCUUAACGUGCAUGUGAAGUCAUUUUAGGUUCGGGGUUGCAAAAACGCUAAAGAAUUGUUGAUGAGGCAUAACAAUACUUUUUAAGCCACUGGAUCACUCAUUGAUUGCAUCAAGAAUACAGAUUGACAUAAUCAUGUUAUCAUUUUUUUUAAAUGAUUGAUAAAUAUUUUGGUUUAAGUUAACGCGUAUCGUUACCUGGGUAAAUGACACGUGUAUUGUUGCCAGUGCUUUACAACAAGUUCACCUGUAACCGUCCGCCAUAGUUCCUACAAUACCUGAGUGUGGGAGCAUCACACUGCAGUAUUAUAACACCAGGGAAGCAGAUAGAGUGAAGGCAGCGUUGUUGCUCUCUUUCCGUUACGC